AUGAAACUGCAGGGCAGUUCAGAGUCAGCAAUCGAUUAUAUAUUUCACAUCGAUGACGAUGCGACAAUUACAUGUCAAAUAGGUGGAGUAAAUCUAGAGAUGCUUAUAGAUUCAGGAAGUAAGUGUAAUAUUAUUUGCGAAAAAUCGUGGGAUUUUCUAAAGUCGCAAAAUUGUAAAGUUAAAUCUCAAGAUAGAAACCCUGACAAAAUAUUUAUGGCCUAUGGAGCGAACGAGCCUUUAACAGUGUUAGGAUUAUUUGAGGCAGAAAUUCGAGUAGGGCUUGAAACUAUUUGUGGAAAAUUUUAUGUGAUUAAAAAUGGACUGAGAAAUUUACUGGGUAAAGAUAGUGCAAUUGCUCUCAAAGUUUUAAAAAUUGGUAUUGUUAUAAACGCACUAAAUGAAGUCCAACUUCCAAAAUUUAAAGGCGUUACCCUGGAAUUCUCUAUCGAUGAAACUAUUACACCUGUUCGUCAGCCAUAUAGACGUAUUCCUAUACCUUUAGAAACUAAAGUAAAUAAUAAAAUUGACGAGUUGGUUGAAAUGGACGUCAUCGAACCAGUCACGAAGCCGUGUAAAUGGGUUUCCCCUAUGGUACCAAUCUUGAAAGAAAAUGGUGAUGUACGUAUUUGCGUUGACAUGCGUUGUCCCAAUAAAGCAAUAAUCAGGAAGAAUCACCCAAUACCAACUAUGCAUCAAUUAUUGCCGAAAUUUCGAAAAGCCACAGUUUUCUCUAAAUUAGACAUUUCCAAUGCAUUUCAUCAAAUCGAAAUUGAUGAAAAUUCCCGAUAUAUUACUACAUUUAUUACAAGUAAAGGUUUGUUCAGAUAUAAGAGGCUUAUGUUUGGGAUUACGUGUGCUCCCGAAAAUUUCCAAAAUAUUAUGGAAACUAUGUUAUUAGGAUGUGAAGGGGUUGUUAAUUUUAUUGACGACAUCGUUGUCUUUGGCAGUGAUGAAAAGGAGCAUAGCAUGAGACUUAGGCAUGUCUUACAAGUUUUAAGAGAAAAUAAUGUUUUGCUUAAUGAAAAUAAAUGUAUAUUUAAUGCUAAAGAAAUCAAGUUUCUUGGGCAUAGAUUAUCUUCAGAAGGAAUCAGACCACUAGAUAAAUAUUUAAAGACAAUUCAAUCAUUUCGUGAUCCCAAGAAUAUUGGAGAGAUUCAGAGUUUUAUUGGUUUGACAAAUUUUGUUGGAAAGUGGAUCCCUAAUUUGGCAACGUUAACAGAACCCAUUCGACAAGUAUUGAGACAAAAGCUUAAUAAACAUGCCGACAUCACGUGUUUUUGGAAGAAGGAACAAAAACAAGCUUUUGUUGACCUCAAGAAAAGUCUGAGCGAAAUUCCGACUUUAGGUUACUAUAACCCAAAUGAUAAGACGCGAAUCAUAGCGGAUGCAAGUCCUGUUGGUUUAGGUGCCAUACUUAUUCAAUUCGAUUCAAGUGGACCACGAGUUAUUUCAUAUGGUCAUAAAAGUUUAACAGAUGUAGAGAAAAGAUAUUCUCAAACUGAAAAAGAGGCUUUGGCUUUGGUUUGGGCCAUGGAACAUUUUCACAUGUAUCUGUAUGGUAAAAAUGAAUUCGAAUUGGUUACAGAUCACAAGCCGUUAGAGGUAAUUUUUAAUUCAAGAUCAAAGCCAUGCGCUCGAAUUGAGCGAUGGGUUUUAAGACUGCAGGCUUAUAAUUAUAAAGUAGUGUAUCAACCUGGGAAAAUGAAUAUUGCUGACCCACUAUCGCGUCUUUGUAUGACCCCUUAUGCUACUCCAUUCGAUAAUGAGCAUCACGUAAACCAAAUUGUUCAAUAUGCUCGACAAAUUGCUCUGUCCCUAAAAACUAUUUCAGAUACGUCCCAAACAGAUCAAGACUUUCUAUUAAUCCAAGAAGGACUAACAAACAACAACUGGAAUCCGCAAGUAAAUAAUUACAGAUUGUUUGAAAGUGAACUUUGGUUACAUGAUAAUAUUCUGUUACGGGGAAAUAAAAUUGUUAUCCCAACAAAGUUAAGAGCACAAGUAUUAGCAGCAGCCCAUGAAGGACACCCAGGAAUUGUGAACAUGAAAGCUAGAUUACGUACAAAAGUUUGGUGGCCAAAAAUUGAUAAAGAUGCAGAAAACGUAGUAAGAAAUUGUAAAGGAUGCAUAUUAGUUUCGGGACCCAAUCCACCUACUCCUAUGAAAAGAAGAGAAUUGCCAACUCAAGCAUGGAUCGAUACAGCCUUAGAUUUUCUAGGACCUUUACCUAGUGGAGACUACCUUCUCGUGGUAGUAGACUAUUAUAGUCGCUACAAGGAAAUAAAAGUAUUAAGAUCAAUUACAGCGAAAGAAACAAUAAAUUCCUUAAAAGAAAUGUUUGCCCGACUUGGUUUUCCAGCUACUGUAACCUGCGACAAUGGUAAACAGUUUACCAGUAAUGAAUUUAAAUCAUUUUGUGAUGAGUUAGGCAUCCGAAUUUUUAGUACAAUUCCCUACUGGCCUCAACAAAAUGGGGAAGUCGAAAGACAAAAUAGGGAUAUAUUAAAAAGAUUGAAAAUUAGUCAAAUUCAAAAAUCUGAUUGGAAAGACGACCUUCUUACAUACCUAAUGAUGUACAAUAGCACUCCACAUGCAACAACGGGUCGAACACCUUCAGAAUUGUUUUACAGACGUCAAUUUAGAGACAAAUUGCCAAGCUUAAUAAAUAUUGAAAAUAAAGAAACGGAUCAAGAAGUAAGAGAUAGAGACAUUCAGAAAAAAUUAUACGGAAAAAUUAAUGAAGAUAGAAAGAGGAAAGCAAAAGAACAAAGUGUAGAACCCGGACAAAAAGUUUAUGUGCAAAAUUUUCAAAAACAGAAUAAAUUAACACCCAAUUUUCAUCCUGAACCACACACCGUUAUUGGUUCUGAAGGAAAUGAGGUACAUGUUCGCAACGACUCUACUGGUCAAGAAUUUAAAAGAAAUGUUAUUCAUCUCAAACGUGUGGAAGGAAAUUGGGAGGUGAUACAAGAUUAA